AUGUCUCUAGUUGAUGUUACCAAGCUAAGUAGAGAAAGUUGUCAAUACCCUAUUAAAGCAGAAUUAAAAUAUGCGACGAAAAAAAAUUUUGUUGGUAGAAUUAUCAAUGGUUAUGAUUCUACGAUUAUUGAUGUAGCCCUUCUGAUGCCGAAGGCAGCAGAGGCACUUUGCUUAACACAAAAUUAUUUAAAUGAAAAAUAUGGAUAUGGUCUACUCGUUUAUGAUGCAUAUCGUCCAAAACGAGCUGUACAAGAUAUUUUAUCUUGGUCAAAGCAACCUCCUAUCGAUGAAUAUGAAUUAGAAAGAAAACAAAAACAUUACCCUAAAAUCGAAAAAAGUCAACUUUUUGACUUAGGAUAUGUUUGUGAAGAUUCUGGGCAUUGCUAUGGGAAUACAGUUGAUGUAGUUUUACAAGUUAUUAAAACUGGUGAAAUACUUGAUAUGGGCGUUAGAUAUGAUUUUAUGGAUGAAAUAUCUCACACAACCGUAGAUUCUACACAAAUUGGUGAAGUAGCAUAUAAAAACAGGCAUGUAUUAUCCGAGGCCAUGCAAAAAUUCGGAUUUCUACCUUAUACAAAUGAAUUCUGGCAUUUUAGCCACGGAGGUGAAGAAGGUCGUGAAGUGAAAGUGCCUCUUGAUGAAGUCAUUACAAGAAAAUAG